AUGAAUGCGAAUACCGCUGAUUUGACAUGGUCACUCUUAUUUCAAGACUUAACUUCUAUUCAAUAUGUUAAAAAUUAUAUCAAUGAGAAGAUAACAUCGAAUGAUAAAGCGCAUAGCCUAUCAUCUCUGACACGUGUAUUUCAUAAAUCCUACCAUGCUAUAGGUGCAUUCAAUGUUUGGUUAAUUGGUCUUGGUAUCUUAUGUUUAGCCUGUGCUAUCCUAUUCUCUGCUAUUGAGUCAUGGAAAACAUUCUUCUUUCUUACACUCGUGCCUUACCUGGUUAUAUUGACAUGGUCACUUCCUUUAACGCGUAUUGGAAGUUGGAAAGCUCUGACGUCAAUUGUUCAUCGCUUAUCCGGUAUUCUUUCUCUCCUAUUACCGAUGUGUCUAAUUGUGUACAAUUCAUGGACAGAUGAGCAUCCUCCAAGUUAUCUCUACGCUUUAGCAGUUGUAUGCAUUGUAUUCAAUUGCAUAUUUGGCGCUCUUCUCAUACCACAACGAAUUUCGAGUUUCGAUAUUCCGACAAUUCGAGCAUUCGGUGUUGGUGUCACACUCGGUUUGUCUUUUGUUGGCUGGUCAUUGAGUUGGUACUUCGGCGGCGAGUCCUGGUUUGCACCUUUCGGAUAUGCUUGCGCAUUGUACAGUUUCCUUACCUGUAUUUUGGCUUGGAACGAUUCUAUUCAACAUAUUUAUACAAACCAAACAAAUCCGUAUUACGCUACUCAACUCGAUUUGGAAUAUUUCAAACCACCGAAACGACCGCAUCAAGUCGGAUUGAAACAUCAGUCUUAUAAAUUAUGGGAGGUCUUUCUAAAAUUUCCUCUCAGAACUUCUCAUCCGAAACUACAAGAAGUUACAGUGACUCCCUCGUCAGCAGCUGUUGUCUUCACUGUUACACUCACCGCGAUAUUUUCGCUCUCGACCUUGCUUCAAUGGCAUUAUGUCUAUUGUGGACCAAGUAGUAUCCUUCUGCGUCAGCAACUAUUUCCCUCAUAUACAAAGUAUUCAGCUUAUUUAGCCCUAUUAGCUGCCGUAGCAAAUAAUUUCGGUACAUUUGCUGGUACCUUGGUUGUUCAACAAAAGGUGUCUUCGUUCUGA